AUGGACACUUUCUGGGUCGCCGAGUCCGCCGGGUACGAGUCCCACGGCUGGCGGAAGCGGAAAGGCGGGAAGAUUCGCGAUGGGGACUUCCAAAGAAUGCAACAGGUGGUUAUUUGGGUCGACUGGGUCCCUGGAUACGAUGCGGGUAUGAGGAGCGAGGAAUCAUGGCGCGCCUACUACUUUUCAUACCCGUUCUAGCUACGCGCGACUCUGGUACGUAUUAAUCAAGACAAGAAAGCGGAGGCGAUCUAGUAUCAUGGUGUCCUCAACCAGUCUCCAUGAUGGAUACUAUCAUUGGUUCUGCUGGAGAAAAUCACCACGCGGGCAAUUAAUUUGUCGUGGGUGCUAGAAUCACCAUGGAACCCAGGCUCCGUCGUCGGGCAAAUGAAUAGUACCAGACAGUUUGGGAAGGGUCAUUGGUCGAUCCACCAUUUUGAGGAAGAGAGAGGGGGAAAUGAUACUAUGGGUGGUACUUGUUUCUUCUGUUUUUUCCCAAUAUUUACUAGGAUAGAACGAUUAAGACGGAAUGUGUGGAGCAUCUCCAGUAAAAUAUAAAGCUGAGAAAUUUCAGUGUGUUCUGGUGGUGGUGUAGUAUUGCUGACUCGACGAGAGGAUGUGGUGGGUGUAAAGAAAAAAAAGGCAGGGGAAAAGAAAAAGAAGAGAGAGGAGGGGG